AUGGCUGCUGCUAACCUGUCAUUGCCUGAUACUCAGACGAUCCAUCAAUUCCCUUGCUACAUUUUGAAGAUGACACGCUCCCACAAACUCAAUGAUCAGGACCAUACCGGCCUUGCCGAUGACCCGGCCGGGGUUGUACCUCGCUACUUCGGGAAGACAGGACCUUUCAAUGCCGACCCCAACAAGACCAAGAAAGACGGAGGCGGCAAAGGCAAUUGGGGUCGCUCUGGAGAGGAAGUCCAGGAUUACGACUACAAUUUCACCAAUGCUCGACGUCGUUCAAACAGUAGCAAUCACGGACUGUCCGAUUUCAAGACUAAGUUCGAGACUGUAGAACCGGAGCCAGUCUUCGAGGAAGAAUUCCCAGAUGUAAACGAGAAGCAGGGCACCGGUGUUGUGCGUGAGGUCGAAGCAGAUAUCGAUGCCAAUGGUGUCAGUAGGGCUUGA